CAUCUCUUAAUCAGUUGGCACGUAUUGUGAUAAUAUUGAUAGCUACGGAUUCUUUCACCCAUACUUGACAGGCUAUACAUACCACCUCCAAACAAUCCAAAAUGGCUUUGUGGCACCUUCUCUUGAUCGCAAUGCUUGGGCUCCAAGUGCUAGCCAGUCCCCUCGACAACACACCAAAUGAUCCCACGGUUCCGCGCUGCUUUGAAUCGCAGGAAGUCAAGCAGGUGGAGUGUGCCGAUGCAUUGUCCAAAAUCAUCUACGACAAGGACAUCUUGAAUAAAUUGGAAAAAAGAGUAUCCGCCGCCUCAGGAAGCUGUCUUAUAAAAAUCUAUAUACAAAAUCAGGCUGUUGUCACCAAACAACAGAUCACAGACACGGUCUCUAAGAUUCUAUCGACUUGUAAGAGUGGUCAUGUUCACAUCAAAGACAACGAGGGGGUCGACGUUGUUGUCUCUCAACGCCUCGGAACUCAAAGCCCAUACUAUCCGGAUUUUCCUUUAGAGAAACCCUUCUGUUUCCCGGAUAGCAAGGUCUCGAAGCAAGAUUGCCUAGAAGCAUACAACCAGUUUCCCGUGGACAAUCAAGGCCAGCUCAUCAAUCCAGAUACAAAAAGCCUAGCAUACCAAUUCCACUUGAGAGUAAACUCAUGCCGUAUCAAUAUCUACACAACCGAUGGGACAAAUGUUCUUGUUAAAAAACAGGAUGCUCUGGCCAUUGUGAACAACAUGAUCAACACCUGCGAUUCACAGGAGGGGGCUGUGAUUAUCAAGGGAGCUGAGGGGCCAAAUGGACGUGUGGCUAUCAUGACCGGCAAAUGA